UAGAGCGAAGGAGUGUUUUUCUCCAUGGGUGGGGAAUCUCCUGUAAAAAAAAAAAAUUAUCAUAUUAUCUCAUGUCAUUAGGUUGUAAAAUAUGAAAUUUUAGAGUUUAUUCUCGUGCUGUUGUUGAGUUACAGGGAUUUGGCAGUGAUCGGGGCACACAUGGCCAGCAGAUGGCCAUGGUUGAGGGGAUGCAGACAGCCUGAUAGGCCGGAAUCAUAUACCGCAAAUAGUGCAACAGCCAUGGAUCAUUGAAUGAAGAUCUUGGCUUUCUAUUUUCGAUGCCUUCCGUUGGCGAGAGAAGAUACCUCCUUGCGACAAAACACGAUGGAUUUUGAUUGAGCUGCUGCUACAUGCCUCCCUGGUUUUCCCCAUCUUCAAGUGUUCCUCAAGGGUAUGGAGUUCGGCCAAUCGAGACAUACCGGUAUACUGCCUUACACUCACCUUGCCUGGGUGCAGCUCGGUUUUCUCCAGUUUCUAAGAACGGCGCACGAAAAAUUUGAUAUAGUGAUUCAUUGGAAUGGCAAAUGGGUGGGGCUCAGGUUCUUAGGCCCAGUUUGUUGGUUGUAACCAGUUAUCAAGUGCAUUAUAGUGGAUGGCACUAUGGGGGCGAUUGAGCUCUUGUUGAAAUGAUAGAGGGUCUCGAGCUCCCAGGUUUCUGAUCGGAUUGACCCUACAAUACGCUGCUUGGUUCUGAUGAUGGUCGACCUCAGGUAUGGGGUCCGACCACCUUUCUAGUUGCAGCACUGGCGUCCUCCUGCAGUUUCCAUGCUGUCGUGGGAACCGGAAUAAUAGAACCUCACGCUAGGCCGUUGGAGUUGCCACUCCUAGUAAGGUCCGUCAUAUAUCUCUUUUCACUUGUCUCAACGGAAGUGCUAAAAGUACUCGUACGCUUUUUUCCAACCGAUUCCCUCACCCUACCCAAAGAGGGGAAUUACGGACGUCUUGGUUUGUUCAUUUCUCCAGUUCUUGCGGCACGGGAUGAUGGCGGGAGCACAGUGCCAUGAAAGAGAGUGUGUGAUGGCAAGUACAGCACAGCACAGUACUAUACUCACCAAAACCAAGAGUCGCUUCCCGCCCCUUGCCUCUGCACCACGAACAGCACCACCACGCCUCUCAUAACCUCCCAACACUACUGGAGACACUUGUUUCUAGUGAUAUUUGCUCCGUGAGCGAUAGCUGUCAACAUAACCCUCCUAUCGUUAAGGUUACGAGAGGAGGGGAAUUGCCGUGUUGCCGCUGGCGGCUAUGCCUCGGGGAUAGGCACUUUAUUCUGGCGAGCAAUGUGAGGUAACGCACAAUGCUCGAGUACCCGCGGCUAAAAAAAAAAAAUCCAACCUCGAGGUUAGGCUCUUGGCGAUGCAUUACCGGGAUCAAGAGAUACUCUUAAGUAAAGGACCGGAUUCAACAACCGUGCAAAUACCGGAAUACAGUAUGCCUUGCGGUGUGACGCCUCACUCACCUGUGCCACCGUUGCCCAUUGAAUCUGAACUUCCAGCACGAGCUGCUAGAUCUCGAGAGCAUGUCGCUGGAUUGUUGAGGUACAGUGGAGCAUACUGUAAGAGAGAGAACGAAAAAGGAAUUCGACGAAGACAGGUUGCUCUCGAGGCGCCAUAUCAAAUUAUACAAUCACCCUCAGUGUGCUAGUUCCUUCAAUUAUCAGACAGGUGGGCACCGAUAGCCUGCAUGCAAGAUGAGAUGCUGGGGCCGAAUGGCAACGGUUCUCGUGGUGUUCUUUCUACCCUUUUAUAUUUAUUUUUUUCCGGCUCUCUCUCUUCUUCCCUCUUUCUUCUCCCCCUGCUCCCCGCACAGGCUCUCCUCUUAUUAUUAUUCGGUUUCUUACAUCCUUUCAUGCUUUCCCUUCUUACACCUAAGAGCUUACGGUUUGCUAUUUAAUCUUUCCAGACAGCAUCGGUCCCAGGCGAACUCUGCGGUCAAUGGGUCGUCUUCAUUGUUGCUGGAUACUUGCCGUGCCAGUGGUGCCCGGCUCUUUGUUUCCACCUUCAACCACCGGCGAAUAAAAUUGGCAGUAACCGCGGGAACCGAACCACACAGCCGGUGGCGGCAUUUCAAGCUCACACGACCCUUCUUUUUCCGUGCUGGCGGACGGCAAUGACGGACCAGUAUUAUCACAGUGGGAGAGGCUCAGGAAAGAUGCCCUACAGCCCUGCUCCUGGUGCUAGCAAUCCCGAUGCCUCCACUGGACAAGAGGAGCACCGGGAAGCUCACUGUACGCUGGUUGACGAAAGCCACCCUCGCUGCGGGCCUCUCGGCAGCUCAUCCUCCGCCCUCUUGUACCUGAACCCAAUCCCGAAUAAUUACGCAUCCCGGUCACCACUCGGCUUUUCCACCAAAGGUAAGAACAUGGGGAAAAUUAAAAGUCACGUCAAACGUUGGCCAAAGUAAUGGCAUUGCCCGAGACGAUGGCAAACAAACGCUCCUAACCUCCACCCUUUCCUAAGAGCAGCUUCAUUAAUAAAUCUCUAGGUUCACUGCCCCCACUUUCAUCUGCUGAGAUGGAGCCACGGUAAAUCCCAAAUCCCCUUCCCUAUCUCCCACUACCGGCGCUCCCAUUUUCUUUGUUGGAAUUCCAUGGUUUUUCGCGUUUUAUUUUUUUAUCCCGGUUGUUUGAUCAGGCAAUCAUGUUGUGCUGCACGCAGCAGGGAAAAUCGAAAGCAGGGAUCUUGUCGAGCUAUAAAAUCCCCGAGUCACCAUACCCUCCCUUUUUCCUGCUGCGCAAACACUUGCUACUUUCAUUUGCUCACCAGUUUUCUUGCUUCCCGUGCUAUGGCUAUGCUCUAUCGUUAUCUAUGCCCAUGACGGGACUAUUUUCUGCCCCGGUGCUCCACUCCCUGCUUUGUGAUUUCAAUUAUUACACAUCCAAAAGUUCUCACUUGCUCGCUCGUUGCUUAGAGGCGAACCGUUUCCCCUCCACGGAGCGGGAGGGAAGGAGGGCGAAAUAAUAAAGCUGUAUCCGCUGCCGGUUUGGGCUGUUGCUUUGUUGACACAAGCGGAUUUUUGUUGUAGGACCCCUCUGUCACCUGGCCCCUUCAAGCAUUACUACCCUCCGACAAGUGCCCAGGACCGGCACCUCUCGAUUGAACAGAACUCCACGUAAGGACCUCACUUCCCCGCCUCCCCCCACUUCAGAACGAAUUAUCGCGAUUGUUAUCGUGAUUCCCACUACCGCUCCCCUCUCCUGCCCUGAAUACCAUUUAUUCCUAUCCCGCUGUCUUUAGACCGAAGGAGCACCCUUUUUUGACCAUCUGUUGUCGUUCUAGUGCAAUUCCUCGGGAAACGCGCGGGGAACCAUCCGACCCUGAGUGGCCAGGUGGAGUACUUGAUAACAGGGACCAAUUUUGCUCAUAUAGCGCCGCGAGCCCUCAUUAUUUCUCGGCGAUCGCUUCGUUCGCGGUAAAUGGGAGUGCAUGGGAUCGUUCUUCCUUCAUUGAGGACAGCGAUCUCAACCGGCAGAACCACCAGCACCAAAACCAGCAACGGUAUCUCGAUACCUCUAUGGAUGAGUCUAGCCAGCUGAGUAGAGCUUAUGGCCUGCCGAAUAUCCACGAAUCCCCAUCGGCAGCAACGCAACAGCAGUCGUUUGGAGCUUAUGAUGAAUCGAGAAUACAGGCUGUCUGUUCGCCUUUUUUUUUUUGUCUGACUUCUUCAUCCCCCCCGCAUCUUUCCAAAUAACCCUUUGUUGACUUUCCUGCGUCUGUUUCCAUUCUCAAGCCUAUCGCCCCAAUUUCAAAUGGUACGGAGGAAAGUGCUACAAGAAACGCAGGCCGAUCAAUGAAGCCUUUAGUAGCGCCAUUCUACAUUUCAUCGUCUCAUACAGAGACUUUGGGAUCGCCGGUUUCUGUUUCCGGCUCGGAUCACUCACCCUAUGCCCCACAAAUUAGGCCAGCCCCUCACGAUGGAUUUACUCCGAGCCAAGACGUGGGAAAAUCAAAUAAUUCAGUCCAAGAACAAGUAGAGCUGGAGCAAUUUAGUAAUUUUCCAUCGGCUGUCCCACCCUUGACCUCUUACAGUUCGACACAACCCAUUCGAGAGGACGAUCGUCAGAUGUGGCCCGCCCAUAGGACGCAGGGCAUCCGGUGGGCAAAGAGUGAGCAUGCCUCCCCGAUAGAAGACCCAGAAACUCCAAAUCCCAAGCUCAGGAGAUCUUCCUUAAAGACUUGCGAACUCGGGGAAACAGGGCUUGGGUUUCCGGGUUGCUAUGUACUUGUCCCCACUGCCGACAGCCCCCCAGAUUCGGAGUCUCAAUCAGGAGACGGACCAGAGCCUAGUUUAGUGUCAGCGAAGAAGAGCGUACGAAGACCGAUGGAGGAAGCGGAACGGGCAGCGAUAAAGCUAAAUAGAAAGUUGGGGGUUUGCCUCCGCUGCAAAAUAUUCAAGGAAAGGGUACUGUACUGAUCUCAUAAACACUUCCCGAAAUCGAAUUUCUGCUUAACAUAUCCGUCACUCCACUGUAGUGCCGCGGAGGGUUCCCUUGUGACCGUUGCCGAUCCCUGAGGCAUUGGAAAAAUAUCUGUGUUUCGGCGCACUUUUCUCACAGAUCGGUGUUCUCUCGGGGUAUGACUGAAAUACUUUUUUUUCCCCACCCUCUAACCCUUUGUGGACCACCUCAAGUAUGCUAAUAUAUCUGGUUAGGGCUCUGGAAAGCUCGUCUAGUUCCUUCGCUACGCAAUGUUGCUGAAUGGAUCACAUUAGAUUCCGCUCCCAUAGAGUGCAUUCAUGUCAGCAAUGGCUAUACACCGUUCAUUACCGUAGCAGUCCAGCGAUUCAAACCCGUCGACCCCACGCUUUUGGAUCACGUGCUUUGGAGGGAGCUUCGGAAAACCGAUUUCGCCCGGAUACCUUCAACGGCAAUCGCAGUGUCAUCAGAUAUUCCUUCCGAUAAGUUGGAUGCGUAUUUUGGUGAUCACGUACUCCCUCUCGUAACCGAAAUUCAGGUGCUGGCUGGCUCGCAAGUGCAUGAACAAACGUUUGCACAAACGCUGCGGGCCGCCUAUGACUAUUCUUUAGCCAACCCGGAAAAUGUAAGGAGAUUUAGGAUUCACUCUAGAGGCGGCGAUAUUCUAAUACAGCUCCAAUAGGGUUAUAUUGUCAGGAAAGCGUUGCGGCUCUGGGCUGCGCAAAUAAUCUACUUCAAGGGGGUAUGGCGGAUCAGUGGACAAAACAAAGUGGGAAUGUUCCCAAUCCAAGAUCCCAAAUCGAAGAUUUGCGGCAUUACCCCUCUGCCUAGACUUGCCAACCAGCAAUUGGAUGCUAGGGUAGAAGAAUGGAUGGCUCAAACGGAACAAGAACUCCUCACAGAACUCCAGACCAAGAUUUUCAAGCGCAAUUCCACAGAUUGGUUUACAAUAUAUCUCACCUUGUUUAUCACUCUCAGCACGCUCGAGACAGAUACGUGGAGUCUAAAGACAUGGGCUGCGGAUUCGAAAAACUUGCUGGAUAGAAUUGAAACAAUGGUAAGUGGAUAUUUCCCUGAUUGUCUUGGCGAGGAACCCCAGAACUUUUUGCAGCUGUGGUAGUUGAAAUGUUAAUCUCUCGACACGACUAAUUCAUAGGAUCUACGCAACCCGGGGGAGGCUCGGAAAGCCUGGUUAUGGCCACUCGCAGAGAGUCCUGAAACCCUAGCAGAACGCAACACCUUUCUUACCGAGACCCUUGUCGCCCACUUCAGGUCUGUGACUAAAGGAUUUGCCCCGUUUACGUUGGACUGGUACAGCGAUCAGGCUGUUGUAAUGGCAGGCGGAGAGCAACAUGCGCUCGAAUACAUGAGGACCAUAGGUCAGCAGGUGAAGGUGUCUGGUAAGCGAUACCCCACCGCCGCUUUCUCUUAAACCCUCUAACUGUUUUUGUAGACCGACAAUUGCGAGAGAGAAUAGUAGCAGAGUAUAACAGGGAAGACAUUAACAGUCUUAAAUUCUCGUACUCUUCGAAAUUAAUGGUGGGUGAGGACUCGUGAACUACUCAUACCCAUGACUAUAGUUUCUACUGGUCGAAUUAUCGUUGUCCACUUAUUUUUUUUUAUCUGGGGGGGGGUUCUUUUUGUCCGGGCAUUUU